AUGAUUCUUUACUUAAUUUCAGUAAUACUACUAGUAAUUCUUCUCUUAAUAACAAAUUUGAAAAAUUUCAUAAUACGGAAACUAAAGUUCAAAAAUCUGAAACAAAUGACAAAAUCCUCAGAAUUACUUCCAAGAUAUAAUGACAUUCAAAACAGUAGUGGAUCACAAAAUAUAUCAACAUUAUCAUUAAAUGAAAUUGAUACCUAUCCAGAAACACACUACCAAUUAAAAAUCAAAAUAAUUUACAUAAAUAACAGAUACACUAUCGCAAGAAUCAUCUCUAAGAGAAUUGGUGUUCAUCCCAUUUGGGAAAUAAAUGAUUUAAUCAUUUUAUCGAUCAAUAAUUUGAAAUUGAAGCUUGAUGAGAAUUUUAAUUUUACUAAUACAACAAAUGUUCUAUUCAGAAUCCCCUUCAAUUCAAUCUCAUUAUCACAUAAUCACGAUUAUUUAGUUAAAUUAUUAACUGUGUUGAAUGUUAACGCUAUUGGUUGGAAUCAUGCUCUCAAUCAACCUCGUUCUCAAUUGAGACCGGGCAAAUGGGUUCUAAUCCCUGCCUUAACUGACAACGUUGAUAAUAUCACCUCUGCACUAGUUGGAGUCCGCUUGGCUGCCCUAAGAGGGUUAAGAGUUGCCUUGGUAUUAUUUCAUGAUGUCCUGAGUAACCAUGUUGCCAAUACAGAUGAUUUGAAAGAGAAAUUUCUAGAAGCUGGUGGUGAACUAUUUCUAACUGGUGAAGAAGAUUGGGUAUUCCAGACUAUGGAUGCCACUGAUGGAGAAGGUGUUCACAGUAUUGUUGUUGAUUGUAAUGAAUUCCAAACCGGAAAGGAUGCAAUUGAGAGUAUGAUAAUUGAUUGUUUGGUAGUCUCAAGGAAAAAUGGAACUUUGAUUCUAACUGGUCAAGAAUCUCAAGAUUUGAAACCUCAUGACUUGAAAUGUAUUUCUGAUGUGUUUACUCAAGUAACUAAAUCAGUUUCCAUUAUCGGAUCUAAUGAAGGAACUAGAUUUGAUGUUAGACAAGUUUCGGGUUUCGUUGGUAGAAAAUUAUUCCAACUGCCUAUCACAGUGAUCCAGGCAGGCACGACAGAAGCUGUCAAUCCAACGGCAUUAAAGGUUAACGAGAUCAUUCAUAUUAAUGAGUGA